GGACGACCGUAACCGCAGCGUAUCGAUGGUGAGCUUCACCCCCGAACCCAGUGACGACGGCGCCCGGCUCGAGUGCUCCGCCUUUAACCCCGUCAUGGCCUCCGACAGUAGCCCCCCUCAGAGCCACGCGGACGCCCAGAUCCUCGACGUCAAUUAUGUGCCCCGCGUGUCGGUGUCUCUUGGAAAGUCCCUCGACGCAGGGAACAUCAAGGAGGGAGACGACCUCUACUUCGAUUGCUCUGUCGUUGCGAAGCCGCCUCCCCAUCGCGUCACCUGGAGCCAUAAUGGUAAGCGACUUCAGGCUGGCCCCGGAGUCCUCGUGUCCAAGCUGACUCUCGUGCUGCAGAAGGUGUCGAGGUCCAACGCGGGCAACUACACCUGCCACGCCACCAACGCCGAGGGCACGUCCUCCUCGACCCCCCUCACACUCGACGUUAAGUAUUCCCCCGUGUGUGCAUCACCCGUAGCCUCACAACACAGUGUCGCAAAGCAUGAAAACGCGAUCAUAUCCUGUAAUGUCCUGGCGAACCCACCCGUCGUCCAGUUUUCGUGGGCUUUCAAUAACACGGCAGAAGCUGUUUCCGUGCCCAAAGACAGGUACGUCGUCAAUGGAACAGAGUCUGUGGUGAAUUACACACCCGUCACCGAGUUGGACUAUGGUACCCUCCUCUGUUGGGCGUCCAAUGAGAUCGGCGUCCAAGUGCAGCCCUGCCUCUUCCAGAUCAUGGCAGCGGGCAAGCCGGACCCGCCACACAACUGCCGGGCGUUCGACGUGACAAUCAGCUCUUUGCAAGUGUCAUGCCUUCCUGGCGACGAUGGCGGCCUGGGACAAACUUUUAUACUGCAGGUACUGGAAGCCAGCGGAGACCAGGAGCCAGUGGUCGAGGUGACCAGGGAAACCGCCUCAUUUUCCGUAGCCAACCUCCGGCCGGCCACAGCCUACCGCCUCUUGGUCACGGCAACCAAUGCCAAGGGGGAGUCUCACCCGGCGGAACUAAGAGCUUACACGGUGGCGCUGAAUCACCCGCAGCACGAAACCCCGGCAGAACCGACGCGCGGCCGUGAAACUGGUUCGGAAGUGGCCGUGGGCGUGCUGGUGGGCGCUGUGCUAACCUGUCUGCCCGUGGCCAUCGUGGUGGUGGCCAUGGGUGUGCGGACGUGCCUGAAGCUGCGAGCUGCGAGAUGGAGGCGUCGCCAUGGAGACGAGAGCGAGAAAGACACGGGUGAGAGUGAAGGAGUCAACACAGGACGCCCUCUUCUCACUGGACAAGGUACUCCGGGGUCAGGGGGAGGAUUAUCAACGGAAAGCGGCUCUGACAUCACUACCAUCACCGGAGGCGUCGGAAUAGCCUCUUCUGCCACGCUCCCUGCCACGCCUUCGCCGGGACACUCAGAGGCUCAGGUGUCACAGGUUCAUCCAACUGAGGCCGGUGGGAUGCUGUACACGGGGGCGCGAAUAUACGUUCCAGAACACACUCACGAAGCUGGACCACAGAUCUGUUCCACGUCGAACGCCAAGCUGCGCCGAGGUCCGUACAGCACACCCGAAGAUAAAUAUGACGGCGAUAAUGAGAUGCUGGAGAUCACCUUGCCUCCACCUGCAGCGUACGACCAGGGCUACCAAUCCCCGAGCCAUAAAUACCAGCUGGGACCCGUGCAGGGGUACCAGGCUGGGGCGGUCCAGGGUUACCAGCCAAGGGUGCAUCAGGGGUACCAACCUCAGGACCAGGCUCAUGCUCGGCUCAAGCAGGGUUACCAACAGGGUUACGAGGACUACCAGUCUCUUCAUCGGAAUGGCCAGUUAACAGCCUCCGGUUACCCGAUAGUUCCUGUCGCAGGGCAGCCUAGCGUGCACUACAUCUCCUCGGCAGCGACUAUAGCUCAAGAUUUCCAUAGCUCCCCCAAAAUGGAACCUUUUAGUGGCAUAAGCAAAGUUAGUGGUUCCUCCUCGUUUGCAGGUCUUCCCGUGACAGGCAAGGAUUCAAAAGCCGAAAGCGCUAGAGCUCUAACACACGAGACUGACAGUAAGAUGUCCGCCCUUUACAAUCCCUUAGCGAUGUUUACCCCUUCGGCCAGUGGGAGUCCUCCUGCCUCCUUCCAGCAGACGAAGUGCUCCCCGGUGCGCAGUGAGAGAGCGCCUUUCUCUACCGGCUCGCUCAAGAGACCCAUGAAGCCGCAGGGACAGGAUAUCGUCAGACUCAAAGAUAACAGUCUUCAGAGGAACCGAAGUGCCAGCUUAUCAUCCGUCAGGGGCAAGAGAGAGAGUUCGGUCUAACAGGGCGAUUUUAUUUAUGCUUUAUUUUCUGCCUUUCUCCUUCUCCUUCUCUACUUCUUUCUCUUUCUCGUUCCCUUUCCCUUCCCCUUUCACCUC